AUGGGUCACUUGUCAGCUCUAGGUCCUAUCAUCAUCUUGGUGAUGUGGAUUGAGACAUUCGCUGCAGCCGUUUUUGUAGGGCUGCGGAUGUACACUCGAUACUACAUUGUUCAAGCUACGGGGUAUGAUGAUUGGCUUAUUGUCGCCAGUCUUAUCUUGUUCGUGGCAUAUACCGCUUUCUGUACGGCGGCAGCUAUCCAAGGAUUGGGAUCUCAUUUUGCCGAUAUCACGCCUGCUCAGCCUGGUGCAGUUACUGCACCAAGCUAUGUGGAAGGGCAAGAACUGAUUCCCAUGCGUUCUAGAUUCGUCAUGUCGAACAAGAUGGAAAUUGCUGGUCAAACAUGUAAUAUCAUUGCCAUCGCCACCAGCAAAUCCGCCGUAGCUGUCUUCCUCCUGCGUCUCGUCGUUGUUCCCUGGCAUAAAGUCUUCCUCUGGGUUUGUAUCGUCAGUACAUUUAUUGUCUGUGUCUCCUGCGCCACUCUCGACUUCUUCCAAAGUUCGCCCAUUGCAGCGGUCUUUGAUCCAUCACUCCCUCACACUGUCAACUUCAAUUUCACAGCGAAUGCGAUCUUCUCGGGAAGCUAUACAGCGAUGAUGGAUUUUACUCUGGCAUUGUUUCCAUGGUACUUUUUAGCGCCUGUUCAACUCAAAAAGAAGGAGAGAUUGACUAUUUCCUUCGGUCUCACGUUGGGUGUUUUUGCGGGAAUGUGUGGUAUUGUUCGAGCCAUUGAGCUAGGAGGUCUGGCAUCUCGAACCGAUUAUACUUAUGACACAGUCCCACUCAUUCUCUGGGGCUCCGGCGAACUUCUUGUCGCCAUAGUAUGCGCCUGUAUCCCCGUUCUUCGACCACUCUACAAGCGACUCAGAGGCCAAACGAAAUCUUCCGACGAAGGAAGUGGUCCCUAUCCCAACAAAAGCGGAAGUAAAUCAGGGGGCGGAUAUGCAUUAAGUUCAUUGCGUCGCGAUGAGUUCUCCGCGAACGAAAGGAGUCGAGGAGGUGGAAAAUCAAGUCAUAACAUGCAAGUGAAUAGUGAGAGGAAUGCGUCGGGGAUGGAUAAUGGAAGUGAUGAGAGUAUAUUGAGAGAGGCAUGGAGAUUUGGAAUUAAGGAGACGGUGGAGGUUGAUGUUAGUUAUGGGAGAGAGGGAGAGAUUGACGAGGAGAUGGGAGUUCCGCGGGGCGUGAGCGUGCGCGGGGGGAGUAGUGAUGUAAGAGUGGGAGAAAGGGCUCCGAGUGUGCAUGGCUUUUAA